ACUAUUAACAAUACUCGGCACCAAAGCCGCGAACUGUGCUUCCCAAAUGCUCUCCCUCGCAAAACGACUCAAGAACUCACCUUCAUGCUUCCAGGCCGCCGUCAACCAAAUCCGGUGGGUCCGGACCGAGUCCGGCCCGUCCCGGCGCCGUCAAAGGCACAAGUCUCCCGCCCUGGCUAUGAGGAAGUCGGAGGAGAAGUCCGAGUGGUGGAUAGUCGACGGCGAAAUCCACGAGAUCGGCGAUCACGUGCCUCCACGUGAGCGGUUCGUCAUUCCCAGAGAUAACAUCCCCAACAAGCGUCGAAAGCAGCUCAGAGAACAGUUCAUGCGCCGCACUCGCCUUGUUCUCAAGGAAACGGAACAUGAACCUUGGUGCAAAAGGUACAUGGAACUCUACCAGGAGCUUCGAGAAAAUUGGGAGAGGCUGUAUUGGGACGAGGGUUACUCCAAAAAAAUUGCCAUGGACCAUGCGAAUUACGACUCUGCUGAAGAUGAUGACCAUGAUUUCUCUCCGUACAGGAGCAAGCGGUCCCAUAGCGAGCCAUUCAAGGACAAUAGUUUCGGAAACAGGCAAGGCGAUACCUGGGAAAAGGUCAACCAGAUCCGAGAUAAGUUCGAGUAUGACAGAGAAAGGAGAAUGAGAGAGAAAGCAUUUGCACCCAUGUCUGGAGAACGUGCUUCUUCUAACUUCCAUGAUAUGAACUCCCGGAGACAGCCAUUUGACACCCACAGAUACUUCCCAGAUAAUGAAAGAGAGUGAAGAACUGCAAAUGGGGUCUAUGCACUUGUAUAUGUAUCACGACUCACGAGAGGCUCGGAAUGGUGCUCCAUUUCCAUUUCAUCUCUUCCUCAACCGUCACUGUGACACUUCUGACAUCUAUCCUACUAUUGACACCAGGCAGCUUAAUCUUGUAACCGUUGGCAUUUUUGAAUUGACUGAUAUUGUGCUUCCAAAAUGCAUAGUAAUUUUGU